AAAACUUGCGUGGUUUAUUCGACGACGUACCUUCGAGGCUAUGAGAACGCGGCAACGCACAAGCUCACUCGUAGUAAACCUUGAAGGCCACCAAAUGAUAUAUGCCACUUGAUGCUGCUUAUAGUCGAGGCUGGUGUAGUCGCUCCAUUAACAAUAUGGCCCUCUUCCAGAGCUUAAACUCAAACCAGUAGCGCGGUGAAGAAUGAUGGCACGUAUUUCAUCGGACCAAAUGAUGAUGCAUCGACAGAGCUGCGUAGGCAAUGGCCGCAUUUUGCACUACGGAUGGGCUAGCCGAUCGGGGAGACAUUUUUUGUUGCUAGCAUGUCAGCUGCCAUAUACGACAACACUGCCUUUGGGAGCUAGGGGAGAUGUCUUCAGGAAAGUCAUACUCUCCGGUUCUUCUAUGGUAUGCUGCGCUGUUCACGCCACUGCUGUGUCAGUGGUACAUACGCAGAGAACUCAUGGGCUCAAAGCACCGCGUACUUUCCUCGAAUUCCCGGCCAAGGGCCGCUCGUUCCACCGCCUGCCGCUCGUCAAACAUAUGCACGUUGGUCUAUGCGCCGCGUCGGCGACAGAGCCAGACCUGAAUCGGCACUACACCCACCCUCGAUUUUCAAACGCGCUGUCAGUGUAUGUCGCGCUCAUCGUCCUAGCCCUGCCCGUGUGGCCUUUCCCCUCGUCAGGUGUACAGAAGGCGGCGAGUGGAUGCCUACGGAGUGUGACGUGAAUGGGACGAGGCGCUGCUGUGUUGAGUAUAAGAGCAGAGCUCGCUGAACGAUAUUGAGCAAGCUAACUCAGCUUACCGGUCGACAUCGAGAACCAAGUCAGACAAACCUUCGACACCAUGAUUGGAAUCGCGACUGUCAUCCUCGGCGUCUUCACCGCCUUGUCCUCUGCCUCCUUUGUCACCCUCAACAACAACUGCGGGUACCAGGUCGACGCGGCGUUCAACCCCACCGUCGAGUUCAACCAGAGCCAGACGGGUGGUU